CAACCGGGGAGGGUUCAGGGCGUGUCUAAACGGCUGCCCCGCCCCGGGCUCGUCCCUCUCUCUAGGCUUGGCUGUCUGGGCCUCUCAUUCUUGGGUUCCUGGAGAGGUUGCUGUCACUGCAUUUGUGGCUCCGACGGAAGGCAAGCCCUGGGAGCCAGGGAAAGGACAGCGCCAGGAGGCUCUGCUGGCUGGACAGCAGGUGCCCUAAGAACGGACAAUGUUUAUUUACUAAUGGGUGUGAGCAAGUUAGAUAUUCUAUACCGGAGACUUCUCCUCACAAAACUUUUUAUCAGAGGAUGGGGGAGGCCAGAAGAUCUCAAAAGACUCUUCGAAUUCAGAAAGAUGAUUGGAAAUCGAGAAAGAUGUCAGAAUCUGGUUUCAAGUGAUUAUCCAGUACACAUCGAUAAGAUUGAAGAGCAAUCAGACUGUAAGAUCCUAGAUGGGCACUUUGUUUCUCCCAUGGCCCACUAUGUGCCUGAUAUAAUGCCAAUUGAAUCUGUUAUUGCAAGGUUCCAACUUAUUGUUCCUAAAGAAUGGAACAGCAAAUAUAAACCUGUAUGCAUUCAUCUUGCUGGAACAGGAGAUCAUCAUUACUGGAGACGACGAACACUAAUGGCUCGUCCUAUGAUUAAAGAAGCCCGAAUGGCUUCUUUGUUGUUAGAAAACCCUUAUUAUGGCUGCAGGAAGCCCAAAGACCAAAUAAGGUCCAGCUUAAAAAACGUGUCUGACCUUUUUGUGAUGGGAGGAGCUCUUGUUUUAGAAUCUGCAGCUCUCUUGCACUGGCUAGAGAGAGAGGGUUAUGGACCUCUAGGAAUGACCGGAAUAUCCAUGGGAGGACAUAUGGCUUCCUUAGCAGUAUCCAACUGGCCUAAGCCCAUGCCAUUGAUUCCAUGUCUGUCUUGGUCCACAGCAUCUGGGGUCUUCACUACGGGUGUGCUAAGUAAAUCGAUUAAUUGGAGGGAGCUAGAAAAGCAGUAUUAUACACAGACAGUUUAUGAAGAAGAAAUUAUUCACAUGCUUGAAUACUGUGGAACAGAUUCCUUCAAAAUGGGACAAGAGUUUGUGAAACACUUCCCUAUCAGUGCAGACAAGCUAACUAACCUUAAUGUGGUUUCUAGAACUUUAAAUUUAGAUAUGACAGACCAAGUUGUAUCCCAAAAACCUAGUGAGUGCCAUAAAUCUAGUAAAACAUCUAUCAGUGCCACAUCAGAAAGACUGUUGUUGCAAGAUACCUCUAAGAUGCAGUGCUUCAAUCAAACGCUUUCAACCAACAAAAGUAAUUAUACAAGUUGCAGUCCUCAGUCAUAUCACCUACUCAGUAAAGAACAAAGAAGAAACAAUCUUCAGAAAGAGUCCUUAAUAUUCAUGAAAGGAGUCAUGGAUGAAUGUACUCAUGUGGCAAAUUUCUCAGUUCCAGUUGACCCAAGCCUCAUUAUAGUGGUUCAAGCCAAAGAAGAUGCUUAUAUUCCACGAACAGGAGUUCGAAGUUUACAAGAAAUUUGGCCUGGUUGUGAAAUCCGUUAUCUAGAAGGGGGUCAUAUUAGUGCUUAUCUUUUUAAACAAGGACUCUUCAGACAAGCCAUCUAUGAUGCAUUUGAACGCUUCCUCCAUAAAUACGCUAACUGAUUGGAUCACUGUAUGUAACCAGUAUGGCCAUCAUGUUUCUUACAAAAGGAGUUUUUCAUCCUUUGAUGAUAAGAACAAGCAGACAGCACUAUAUAUAUAACUGCUAUCAAUUUAGUCUGGAAUUCAUUGUUAUGAUCAGUCAACAAUGAUUUUUAAAUGUGAAUAAUUUUAAACCAAUAUUUGGAUGGAAUAAUGUUGAAGUAUUUUGUUAUUGUUUUGUGGGAAUCCCAUAUACACAAUAUCCAGUCUGUUGUUACUAUUUAUGAAAACUUUAAAUUUUUAAUUGUGAAUAAUUUAUUAAUUAAAAUAAAUUUAUUCAUAGAAACCUUAUUGGUUUUUAAAGAACUGCUAAAUCAAGCUAAGUUUGUAAUACAUCAGCAUGUAUUGUAUACCCCUGUAUGACAGUUUUACUAUUGACUUGAUUUGAGAACAUGUUUCUUUCUUAUCUUCAACUUUAAUUUCUGCAAUGGCAAUACUUUUUUUUUUUUUUUUUAAGAUUUUAUUUGACAGAGACACAGCGAGAAAGGGAACACAAGCAGGGGGAGUGGGAGAGGGAGAAGCAGGCCUCCCGCGGAGCAGGGAGCCUGAUGCGGAGCUCGAUCCCAGAACCCUGGGAUCAUGACCUGAGCCGAAGGCAGACGCUUAACGACUGAGCCACCCAGGCGCCCCUGCCAUGGCAAUACUUAAUGAUGUAUAAGAUCCGUUAACUUUGAAUUCUAAAAAAAUCCUGAUUGCUUCCUACUUAAGUAGCUUUAAUAAUUAAAACAAAUGUGGGAAUACAGAUAAGAUGCAUAUGACUUGGCUGAACUUUAAAACUUUGCCAAAUACGAGGUUAGAAAAUGAUGCCAAACAUAUUUCCCCUACUUAAGAAGUUUCAAUUCAUAAGAAAUGGAAAUAAUGAAAGACCUAUUACAUUACUUGAUACUGUGUCUUAACAUUUUCUUAUAUACCUACUCUGGGUUUGCUAAACAUCUAACUCUAGUUAGAUAUACUUAAUAGCUUUGGCUUUUUAAUUUCAGAAAUUAAAUAUGAAAUUGAUUUGUUCCAUAUAACUUCAUUUUACAGAAAAGAUAUAAUAACUACUAACUUUUUUAAGUGGAAGAUUAUAUGGUUAGAUUUGGUGCUUUUUAUGUUAAACUUCUCAAGCUAAGAUCUAAAAUGUUUGAAAAAAGUAGAAAAUAUUUUUGGGAAUUGUAUCAAGGUUUGGAGUAAAUGUAUUUGAGUUUUAUUUGUUUGAAAUCUGUGUUGUCUAUGGAUUAUUUUAAAAUAUGUAUUCCUGAUCUAGCAAGGAUAUUUGAAUUAUAAUGUGCCUUCAUAGACUUUUAGAAGAUUUUAUUUAUCACUAAUGUCUCCAUCACUUUAACUUUUUAAAAAUUAUUUCAAAGUCACUAAUGUGAAGUCAUUGAUGGUAUACAAAAUUGUAAAUUCUGUAAAACUGCUUUGGCAUAGCAAACCAGACCUAUUUGGUUACAGCCACUUGGCCUAUAGCAAUUUUAUAUCUUCAGACUAGAACCUUUACUUUUAACUGAAAGUAUAAAAUGUAUUAAAAUUCUUAAAAUACCCUUUAAAGAUAAAGUAAGACUUAUUGUCAAAUGAAUUACAAGUAUUUUCUUAGUAUGUAAUGAGGCAAUAUGAUUGAAUGCUUUCUGAAUUAUACCUUAGUAAAACCAAUAUUUAUUUUUUACCUAAAUAUUUCUUACUAAGCAAUAAUGUACUGUGGUGUAUGACUUUCUGUUGGUAAAAGAAUGAAAUUUCAUUUCAUUUUAAUUAACUUUUAGGCAUAACUAGUUUUUCCCAAAUAAAUGUGAAAGGAAGUAUUUUAAAAAUUUCAUCUCUUAACCAGAUGUUUUUAAGAAUAUUAUCCACGCAACUUCCUAAAUUGAUUAAUUCAAGGUGCAAAAUACCUUUUCUUAAAGUUUUUAUAUCCACUUAUCCCAAAAUAGUGACUCAAGCUUUCUAUAUAUAUCUAUAUAUACACAUAUAUAUAACAUUAUGUAUAUAUAUAUAAUGUGUAAGGUAUAUAUGUUAUAUAUAUAAUACUAAUAGCUAUAUACAUAAGUGUUAUAUAUAUAUAAUAGUUAUAUAUAUAAAGUGACAACAUAUGUAUUUUUUUUUUUUUAAGAUUUUAUUUAUUUAUUCAUGAGAGACAGAGAGAGAGAGAGGCAGAGGGAGAAGCAGGCUCCCAAGGAGCAGAGAGCCCGAUGCGGGACUCGAUCCCAGGACCCUGGGAUCAUGACCUGAGCUGAAGGCAGACGCUUAACCAUCUGAGCCACCCAGGCGCCCGACAACAUAUGUAUUUUAAAAGUGCUGUCUGCCAUUUUGAGAAUUGCAUACAUAACCUGCUAAAAAUUCAUUUAGGCCAGAGCUGCAAACUGGCAGUCAAUACAGGCCAGCUUGGCCCACAGCUGUUUAUUCAGUGUACAUAAUAUUUCAAAAUUGAAUUUGAAGUCUUUUGACUGGGCAUGCAUUCCCUAGUUUGCCACAGUCUGAUAGACUCCCUUUUUUAUCAGGCUACUUCACUACUUUGUGUUUCCUUCUUAGCCCUGAACACAUCUGAGUUUGAGACCCCUGAUUUAGAUCUGUGGUUACAAAAGUUUCUGAAUUUCAUGAUUUGCUAAUGUUGUAAUUACUAUUUUAACAUAUGAAUGAAUUUUAGAUUGUUUGUUAUGAAUGUAAUUUUUUAAUGUGGUGUUUUCUCUCAUAAAGAUUAUUUAAUUAACACUGUAACUGAAAAGUUUUUAAAUCAUUUCCAGAUAUUUUAUACUUCACAAUAAAAGUCUAUAUAAAAAGUUAA